AUGGCAGCCUUCAUAGCAGAAGGUACUUCCUCACCGUUGUUUCGAGGUUAUGAAGGCCAGUCAUUACCAUUCGGUCCCCAGGACUUAAAUAAAUACAACUUUUCGUCGGAAGAAAUACCAAGACUUUCAGCAGACGACCCGAGAGUGAACGAGCUUAUUGCGGCAGAGGUCAUGCGUGCCUGGCAGUUAGCGUGGUAUCUAAGACAUAAGUUGUUAUCGCUCUCAAUUGACUUUGUUUGCAUUAAUGCAUCACCUGAAUACCUAGAUGCAUCACCUGAAUACCUAGAUGCAUCACCUGAAUAUCUAGAUGCAUCACCUGAAUACCUAGAUGCAUCACCUGAAUACCUAGAUGCAUCACCUGAAUACCUAGAUGCAUCACCUGAAUAUCUAGAUGCAUCACCUGAAUACCUAGAUGCAUCACCUGAAUACCUAGAUGCAUCACCUGAAUACCUAGAUGCAUCACCUGAAUACCUAGAUGCAUCACCUGAAUACUUGGAUGCAGCACCUGAAUACUUGGAUACAUCACCUGAAUACUUAGAUGCAUCACCUGAAUACCUAGAUGCAUCACCUGAAUACCUAGAUGCAUCACCUAAAUACCUUGAUGCAUCACCUAAAUACCUUGAUGCCCAACCUGAAUGCAUAGAUGGCUCUUGUUGGCUUUAUGCUUGUACCUACUAUGAAUGGACAAAUCAUGAUGGUGUACGUGACAACUAUGCAUCACCUGAAUACCUAGAUGCAUCACCUGAAUACCUAGAUGCAUCACCUGAAUACCUAGAUGCAUCACCUAAAUGCCUAGAUGCAUCACCUAAAUGCCUGGAUGCAUCACCUGAAUGCCUGGAUGCAUCACCUAAAUGCCUGGAUGCAUCACCUAAAUGCCUGGAUGCAUCACCUAAAUGCCUAGAUGCAUCACCUGAAUACCUAGAUACAUCACCUAAAUGCCUAGAUGCAUCACCUGAAUACCUAGAUACAUCACCUGAAUAG